AACUUGCUACUCUAAAAGCAGCACUUUGCUAAUGGCAAAGUUUAGUGUAACAACUUCAAAUUUUGAGCUUCCAUCACUAGUACUUUGCUUGUUGCUUGUAAUUCAAUUCUUUUGUAUUACACACUCAGAAAUUGUAUUCGAAGAGCGAUUCGAAGAUGGGUGGAAGAGUAGGUGGGUAGUAUCAGAUUGGAAAAGAAGUGAGGGAAAAGCAGGUACAUUUAAGCACACAGCAGGAAAAUGGGCUGCUGAUCCUGAUGAUAAAGGUAUUCAGACCUCAGUUGAUGCAAGGCAUUCUGCCAUAUCAGCAAAAAUACCAGAAUUCACUAAUAAGAACAGAACAUUGGUCCUUCAGUAUUCCAUAAAGUUAGAACAGGAUAUUGAAUGUGGUGGUGGCUAUAUUAAGCUUCUAUCUGGAUUUGUCAAUCAGAAGAAAUUUGGAGGAGAUACCCCUUACAGUUUAAUGUUUGGACCAGAUAUAUGUGGGACAGAUACAAAAAAGCUUCAUCUCAUCGUAUCCUACCAAGGCCAAAAUUAUCCUCUAAAGAAGGAUCUGCAAUGUGAAACAGAUAAGUUAACACAUUUCUAUACAUUCAUACUGAGGCCAGAUGCUACUUAUAGCCUCCUCGUCGACAAUCGAGAGCGAGACUCUGGAAGCCUAUACACAGAUUGGGAUAUUCUUCCUCCAAGAAAGAUCAAAGAUGUCAAAGCUAAAAAGCCUGCUAAUUGGGAGGAAAGAGAAUAUAUUGAUGAUCCUGAUGAUGUGAAACCUGAGGGUUAUGAUUCAAUACCAUCAGAAAUUCCAGACCCAAAUGCCAAACAGCCCUUAAACUGGGAUGAAGAUGAAGAUGGCUUAUGGAAACCUCCAAGAAUACCAAACCCAGAAUACAGGGGAACAUGGAAGAGAAAGAAAAUUAAGAACCCAAACUACAAGGGAAAAUGGAAGACUCCAUGGAUUGACAAUCCAGAAUUUGAAGAUGAUCCUGAUCUUUAUGUGCUGAAGCCUAUCAAAUAUGUGGGUAUAGAAGUCUGGCAGGUAAAAGCAGGAUCAGUUUUUGACAACAUUUUGAUAUGUGAUGAUCCAGAGUAUGCAAAACAAGUAGUUGAAGAAGUAUUUGCCAACAGAGAGGUUGAAAAGGAAGCGCUGGAAGAAGCAGAGAAAGUGAGAAAGGCGCGAGAAGAAGAGGAAGCUCAAAGAGCAAGAGAAGAAGGUGAAAGGAGGAGAAGAGAAAGAGGUCAUGACCCACGUUCAAGACACAAGGAUCGCUACAGAGACCGUUACAAACGUCAUCAUCACCGCGAUUAUUUGGACGAUGAUUAUCAUGAUGAGCUUUAAUGGCAUGACUCUUCACAAUAGCUCUUUCUGAAAGUUGAGAACACGUUUUUGUAUCGAUUUGCAGUAGUCUUCAUAUUUCCUGUCAAGAACCGCUGUAUUAUUUCCAGAUUUUAAGCGAAAGGAAGACAAACUUCCUCAUUAUAUUGUGUAGAAAGAUACAUGAAGUUCUCUAGAAAUGAAUACCAAGAAAAUCAGCUAUCGUGUAAGACUGAGCAGAAAUUAAUUGAGUCCUGAAUUCUUAUGCAA